UAGUAAGAAAGUUUACUAAAGAUUGUGAGCCAUGAAUGGAAUGAAGAUACAAAUGGUACUAUCUGUGUACAAAAACCGCGUUCACACUGAAGCCACAUACCUACGAUUUACCAACACAAGAUUACCACGCCAAGGAAGUGUCUGGUCAUACCCACCGGACCGAAUCGCUCGGUCACACCCAGCCAAGACUGACGCCACACCAUUUGCAAGACCAAACCUGGCUGGACGUGUUCCUCAGCCACCACAAGCUGUCUGCUGUCUGCUGUCUGCUGUCUACUGUCUACUGUGUUCCGUCUACUGCCACCUCUGACAACCUGACACUCGAUCCGUCUGACCAGAUUGUCAUUAUGACAAUUUUGUUUUUUUAAUCCCUCAUAAUGAUCUCCGGCCUGUAUGUCAGAAUGUUGUACAUACUGGUCCUGUGCCCGGCGUUGCUCGCGUCUUCAGUUCUGACUCUGUCAAUUGAUUCGCAGCUCGGGACGUCUAUCGAAGAUUGCUUCGAGAGGAUAUCUAUAGGAGACCAGUUACCGCUGGACUCCAUCUAUCGGAACGUUUCAGAACUCAUGAUUAAGGAGUGUGAGCAGAUAUGUAAGCAAGACAAACAGUGUCAAGCCUUUGACUACGGGGUUGGCGCUAAAGGUAACGCUACAUGCGACCUCAGCAACAUAAACGAAAAAGAAAUAAAGGAGAAAAAUCUUUUACAAAGAAAUUCCGAUUAUGACGUCUACAUUCGAAGGAUACUGUGCGAGCCGGCGCCACCGACGCCCAUCGAGGAACAUCUCAGUGAGAGUGAAAAGGCACCCUUACAUCGACCAGUGAUCCGGCCUCAGGAAGACGACAGAAGACCUUUUGAUAAUCCUUUUGAAUCUAGUCGACCGUUACCCUCAUACUCGAACAGACCUAAUGCCAAUUACAACCAUAUAAAUGAAAGACCCGAUGGAUACAGUCCCGAUAAACCAGACUAUGAUAGGCCUCCCAGCUAUGGUGGUCAUAAACCACCGGAACUCCCGUAUAGGCCUAGUAGACCUUCUAACAAUUCAAGGCCUGACGCAUACGACGAAUUAUACUUCCAAGAUAACAGAAGACCCCGCCCAGACCUUUGGAGACCAGAUCCUUACCAUCCCGUUCAACCUGAUGAUGACAUUGAGGACAUGUAUAGACCAAAACCGUCUAGACCACAGAGGCCACAGUACACGACAGAGAAGCCUCACUAUCAAUAUAUAAUCAGACCAAGUAAAAAUCCUCCCAGCCCCAUCGGUCAUGGAUAUCGACCAGAUCCAGAAUAUCCGAUACGGCCAGUGCCUUAUGGACCCAUUUCAGAACCUUCCCGGCCUAUCGGACCCCAGACUGAACAUCGGCCCACUCGUCCUUACGAUAAACCGACACAUACUUAUACUGACCAAUAUGCCAGCAAUUAUGGUAAUCAAGAUAAUUCCGUUUUCGUCGAGAUCUAUGACCCACCGAGACCCCACAGGCCUCACGUUAACGAAAGACCAUAUUACGGUACUAAUUAUGGAACGUCCAGUCAAAGCUAUGGACAAAAUAGUUAUUCAAGUCAGCAUUCGUAUUCUCAGAAUCAGGCCCAUUAUGGAUCCAGUGCGUGGAAUGAAAAUCAUCAUUACGGUCAGCGGCCAGCAAAACCUAGUUCACAAGAUUACGGUUAUAGACCUGAAAAACCCGAUCCCAACGGAUAUAAUGAACCUAAUGAAGGUACUGGCUACGGGUCCAGACCUCCAAAAAAGCCUAGACCAACAGAAAAUAAUUCAGGGUAUAAUAAUCAAUAUGGUCAAUCUUCUAACCAAAACUAUGGAGAAGUCCAGUCCAUUAACGCAUAUUCCAGCCAAGGAUCUUCGGUUAAUCAGGGAUAUGGAUCUUCGAAUAAUCAAGAUAAUUAUAACCAGGUAUCCAAUGGUUAUGGGAAUCGUCCACCAAAAGACAGUCCACAAAGCGGGAUCCAGAAUGGUUUUAUAUACCAAAUAUCUGCUGGACAUAACCAAAUAGAUGCAGCCCAAUCAAGUUCAUACGGACAGAGUUCUCAAGAACAUGCUACUAGCCAAUAUGGUAGUCAAGGCGGAAGUGUGAACCAGGUCAAUAAUCAACCACUACCAAGUGUGAACGGAUACGGAGACCAACCUGUGACUAACAAACCCAUCUUGAAUAAUAAUUACGGACAAGGAGACCAAAAUCAUGUUGGUUACGGCCAAUCCGUAUCCCAAGCCGCACAAUCGUCACAGUAUGGAUCUAGCCAAACUUCAACUAGUCAGCAAUAUGGCAAUUCUCAAAGUGGCUAUAACAAUCAAAAUAUUGCUUCAUACGGCCAAUCCUACGGUCAGGCGGGAUAUUACGGCAGCCAUUUGGGAUAUGGAAUCCAUCAUUUGUAUGGAAUCAAACCAGGAAGUUAUGGAAACACAGACUCGAGACCAUCACCUGAGGUAUCUAGCAAUGUUGGUUACGGUAAAAAAGAUAAUAGACCGUCAAACAAACCAGGUAAUAGACCUGUAUACGAUGAUCCCGAUGAUAAACAUAGCAGAAAACCUGAUUCUGACCGACCAAUUCUCAAGCCUCAUGGCGCAGAGAGGGAGAGGCCAGGGUUCAUGCUGAGACCAAAUGAUGAAAUUAUCACAUCCAGACCGGUAGCCGUCUCCGAUAUUGGAAGACGACCUGAGAACGAGUUCAACUACGCAGCUUGUUUUCGACGAGUGCUCGCUGGGAAGAGAGCUCUGAGGAGUCACGUGAGGAGGGUCGUGGACUGUGAGCGGCUGGAAGACUGUCGGCGAGAGUGCGCCACUGAGAAGAGGUUCCCUUGUGAGAGUUUUAACUACAGAUUGGACCCCAGCUUCCGAGGGAAAGGUCUGUGCGAGCUGAUGACCAAACCGAUAGAAGCCUUCGACCUCCGACAGGACUUCGUGGAAGAUAAGGAUUACGAUUUCUACGAAGUGGACAGGAACAGUUUGGAACCUUACUGCCCGGAAACACUAAGGGGGCCGGGGCUCUUACAUUCUGGUUACCUGUCAUCCAAGAACAAGUUGACGUCUCAGGACCAGUGGCGGGACAGGAACUGGUCGGCUCACGAUCACAGGACGUACAACAGGUUCUUUGACGAGAAGUCUCAUAACAGACGGUAUGAAGACCAGCCUUACAUACCGUACAAGAUUGGUAUAAGCAGAACUGAAGACGAGAAAAAUAGUUGGGGGAAGUAUGGCGGCUCUUACGGUGUAGAUAACUAUUACAAGGAUAGAAACGAUUACCACAAAUCAAUAAGCCACUGGGGGCUCAAAGAACACGGCGAGGAGUAUCAGAGGGAGGACAGCUCCACCUACAACAGUCUGAGCAGAAACCACGAGCAGGAGUUCAACUACUACAGUCUGAGGCGCCACGGAGAGGAACACCUGGGUUACGGCUAUGGCACCUGGAAGAAAGGCAGGUGGAACAACUCCGGCAACUUCUGGAGAGACGACACGCCCACUAAGAUAGAAUAUGAUGAAGAAGACAAUGUUAAAGAUUGUUCGUCCCGCCGUCGGCCGGGCAUGUCCCUGGGAGUGGGCGCGGUGAGACGGUCCCUGGCCGCCAGGACGGUGGUGGACUGUGAGGCCGCCUGCUUCGGAGAGAGGAACUUCAAAUGUGUUUCGUACAGCUACAGGUACUCGAGUUCGCCAGGCUCUGACAACUGUUUCCUGAGCGAGAGACCCUACAAGGGCCUGGAGAUGUCCGCGGACAGCAGCUCGGACGUGUACGCCAUGCCGCUGCAUCACGACUGCCUCACCAUCAGCACCAAGCCCUGGGUCGAGAGCGAGUGUUUCUGGCACGUCCGGUCGGGCGCCGCCCUGAGUCGGGCCUCGGUCCGCUCGUCGCUGACCGUCAGCGGUCUGGGCGCCUGCGAGGCGGAGUGUAUCAGGGCCCACGGCUUCUUCUGCAGAGGAUUCAGCUUCAGGUUCGAUCCUCCCACAAUAGGCGAUGACCUCGAGAACUGUCUGCUGACGUCAUCACCUCCCACCACCCUGGACCUCUCGCGCGGUCUGACUCCCAACAAGCACGAGCUGUACUCCCGCGGGAACUACGGCCGGGGAUGUGAGCCCGCGCUCUAUGACGACGCUGAACAUGAACCGCAGUGUUACCUCCAGUACGUGGAGUCGGCCCGCCUCAGCCGCGGCGCGGUCCGCGGCCGAGCGCGCACCUCAGACGAGAGAGCGUGCGGUCGAGCCUGCACCGACGCCCCCUUCAAGUGUCUCAGCUUCUCGUACACAAGCAACGCUCCCCCUGACAAGGACAACUGUCUGCUGUCAGAGAUCCGUCUCUUCGAUUUGCAUCGCGGCGUCGACUACGAACACUCCACAGACGACUUGCUGUUCGCCUUCGACCUGUUCAACGGACAGUGCUGGAGGAAGAUCCACGGGAAAAAUGAAUAUGAAGUUCCGACACUUGAAGUGCCGCAUCCCAUACAGACAGAAGAGAGUUAUCCCUUUACAUCCGGUCCAGACGCGCCACCUUCAGAAACUUAUAUAACUAGCUCGGGUCCGAGUGGUCCGCCAGCUCACAAACCGUACAUAAUAGAAGCCGACUUUAAACCCGGCUCUAAACCAUACCUUGAAAGUGGAGAGAGCGAUAGACCCUUUGAAUACCCGGAACCAGGCUAUAAACCGUAUUAUAAACCGUAUAGACCAGAUUAUGAACCAGAGAAACCUGACAUAGGUCAUAGACCUAGACCGAGUGGACCAGAACUGACACCACCUUAUGGUUCAAAUCCAUCAUAUGAUGGUGGUUCAUCCAUCACUCACUCCAGUGGGACCUUAAUAAGUCAGUCAAGUGGUGCGUCAUACGGCUCUUCAAGCAACUUCGCUGGCGGUUCAUCGUAUGCUGGCCAUGAAUCACAUGUCGGUUCAGAUCACAGUUCCUCCGCAUACGGCGGUUCCGCCAGUAAUUCUAACUAUGGUUCUGCAAGUAACUCUGGCUAUGGGUCAGUAAGUAACUCAAACUAUGGUUCUUCGAGUGGUACAGGUUAUGGCUCUUCAAGUAACUCCAAUUAUGGCUCUUCAAGUGGCUCAGGAUACGGUUCCGCCAGUAACUCCAACUAUGGUUCUGCAAGUGGAUCAGGCUAUGGCUCCUCAAGUAACUCAAACUACGGUGCCUCAACUGGUACAGGUUACGGCUCAUCAAGUUACUCAAAUUAUGGUUCCUCAAGUGGUUCAGGCUAUGAUGCAUUAAGUAACUCCCACUAUGGUUCUGUGAGCGGCUCAGGCUAUGGGUCAUCCAGUAAUUUAAACCACGGUUCCUCGAGUGGGGCAGGUUACGGUUCAGUGAGUGGCUCCAGCCAUUACUCAUCCAGCGGUUCAAGCUAUGGAGCCUCAAGUGGUGCAGCGUAUGGUUCAUAUGCUGGAUCAGACUACGGGUCCUCGGGAGGUAUGGCAGGAACUCGUCCUCGUCCUAAUCCUGUCCAAAGUGCUCAUCGUCCUCACAGACCAGGCAGACCGGGAGACAGAGGCGAUGACAGCCUGUCCUUGUCGUGGCGUCAUUAUACCGUGUCCGGGUUCCCGUGUCGGCGCGGCACCGCGUGCGAGAGGAAUGUGAUAGCGGGCCACUGGGCGUGCGAGCCGGAGGGGGGAGAGAUCGGUUCUUGGGAUUACUGCUGCGCUCCCACACAUAGGUGCGGAUACAGCGAAGGGUUCCGGAAACCUUGGUGUUAUGUGGGUCCGGCGUCCGACCAAUGGCGUCCGUGUAGUGAGAAGUACUAUCCGUACCACCAACACAACGUUCCUCACCCCUCGCAGGGACACAGAGAGUCAGACCGCCCGCAAAUAAAUAUACCUCAAGGCCAAAAGACGUACCCAGAGAGGGACAGACUUUCAUCCGGCUAUCUGUCCUCCGCUGAUAGACGGUACUGGGAUGACCUGUACGAGAAUGGUCCUCGAGCUUAUUACGAUAAAUAUGGGAAUCCUUUGCCAGGCUUCUCGAAAGUACCAACGGAGAGCCGACCGCACAUAAAAUACGAACGUAACCCACCACGACCCGGUUCGGGACAGUGGGUGCCCGUCAAUACUUUACCUGAUGAUGAGGUGCCUCCACCAGGUCUUGGCGUGCCAAGAUACUGGCCAGUGGCAUACUUACACAAAGGACCUCCGCCCAACAUGACCUACUUCAAAUUCAACGAAACCGAGAGAACGACUCGCUCGCCCCAGGAACACACGACCACUAACAGAGCGAGCGUCAACCAAAUAGAAGCUAGGUCUGGAGACAGUCCGAGGACUGAGAAGAGAAUUAAUAUCACGAACGACGACGCCGACUACCUCGACGUAACCACGACCAGAACCGCUGGGAACGAAACGCGGGAGAGCACGACGGAAAGAGAAGUUAAAAACGAGACAGACGCUGAAGAGUACAGAACCAACCCGAAACUAAACGGCGAUUACAUCAAAGGAAUCGACGGGAAGUUGCACGACUUCACGACGUCGUUGGAGGUGUUCGAUAUAGACGACGUGAAGAACGAUAAGCUGGCCCACCUGAGAGCCGCGGAGGCUGAGGAGAAGCAGAUAGAAGCCAUCGGCAGGCUCCUGGCCGCGAGGCGAGCGAAGAUAGUCGUGGACAAGACGUCGCAGAGGAAUCUGGAAGAUAAGAACAUUGCGCUCGACAAAGAUUUCAUGGAUUUCAAUUUCGGCAACAAAUUCCCGGUCGAAAGGCGAGGAGUCGUCCAGAGAGUUUCCAAAGACGAGAUCGAGAACAGAGACAAGAGUUUGGAAGUCAGCGAGACGACCUUCGUUAGACCACCGAGGGUUCUGAGCACCACGGAGAAUAUAAGGAAAGCAGUCGUCAACGGAAAGGUCUACUACGAGGCCUCGCUCCGCAGUCAGAGGGACCUGUACACCAACUCCACGAGGAGGCCCAAGAACCUGCGAGAGACGAGGACCCUCCCCACCAACAACAAGAAGAGAACGAGGAACACGAACCCCGUGCGACGAGCGAAGAGAGUGUACAGGAAGAGAUACAACCCGGAGGAAGUGAGGAAGAGAUUGUUAGAGAGAGAGAGGAACAAGAACAUGAGGGACUCGCGCUAAUGAUGACGAACAACGACGAUAUUAACAACAGUGCGAUCACCACAAGCACACUACACAUGCAGAGUUAACAGUCCUCCACACGUUACGCGCGAACGUAUAGUAAGCGUACAGAAAAUAUCCGCCGUCUCCAUUGAGUUACUACUUCAUAUACUGUCUCGAGCGUCACAAAACACACACACGGAUACAGAAUAGUUAUAGUGAAUAUUAAGAUAUCUUUAAAGAUAAAGUUGGUGCUAAAAGAUAAUGUAAAAGAUACAUAUAAGAUAAGUUUAAGCACUUCCUCACGCAACUUUGUCAGUUUGACCCUAACGUGACUUUCGGUUGGACUGACGACCUUCACGUGAGGGACGUGUUAUAAGUUAUAUCAGGAAUUCAUGUUACCAUACAUAAUACGAUUAAAUAAAUAUUUUGUAACGAA